AAACACUCCAGGAACUAGAUUGGGAAGAUGACCCAGUAGACUGACCUCACACAAGAGUCUAUAAAAGUUAGAGAAAGCCGACUACUUCAGCCUUUGGAUUUCAAACAAGGAGACUACUGGUACUCUUAGUGCAAGUGCUGCAGCGAUGUCACAGCCAGCUCCUGUGAAAAAGAAGCGCCCUCCAGUAAAGGAAGAAGAUCUCAAAGGGGCUAGAGGGAAGCUCUCUGGAAACCAGGAAAUCAAAUCCAAAACCUACCAAGUCAUGAAGCAAUGUGAGCAAGCUGGCUCUGCCGCACCAUCCGUAUUCAGCCGAGACCGCACAGGGGGGGAAACGGUAUUUGAUAAACCCAAAGAAGAGCCUCCGAAAAGUGUCUUUGGCUGAGUGCCAAUUUCAAGAUCUGCAGCAAAUAUACAUGGAGUACUUAACCCCUUAUUUUGCUUUCACGUGCACCAGUCUUAUUACUUGCGCUGUUAAUUCCUUUAAUUCCUAAUUAACAAGAGGACUUGUAUUGAAAGAAAGGCACUUCUUUUUAUACUUUGGGGGCCUUGUUUGUUUUUUGACCUUCCUUAGCUGCGUAGUGGAUGAUUCGAGUAGAGCAGUAGUUAUUGGGCGCAGGCUGGUAUUAUAAUGA